UUGACACUGACAGCGUUCUUGGAGGGCGCAGUAUCAAUCAGUGAAGAACAUAUACUUUAGUUCAGGUUCAAGAUGAAUGGAGACGACAGCCCAGUGAUGGUGUAUGCCCACCCAACCAUGGCCUCACUGGCUCAGGAGAUUGUCAGUAGAUGUGAGGAACUCAUGAAUCUGACCGAGGGACCAAAAAGAAGUAUGAAACGAUCUUUAUCAUUUUCCCCAAGUGCGCCUCGAGGUGUCCAGUACAGAAACAUUCAAUGGAAGAAAUUCAACGAUGGUUUUCCCAAUAUUUUUAUAGAUGAUGUAAAAGAUAUGCAAGGCAGAGAUGUGAUUUUCAUCGGGAGUUUCCACUCACCAGACAUCAUCUUUGAGCAGCUGUCUCUGCUCUACAUGUUUCCACGAUACCUUGCUCGUUCCUUUCAUUUCAUCCUCCCUUACUUCCCAACUGGAACUAUGGAGCGUGUGGAUACAGAGGGACAGAUCGCCACAGCCAAGACACUAGCCACUCUUCUCUCUGCCAUUCCCUUGACAACCAAAGGUCCAGCCCAGAUAUGUAUCUUUGACAUACAUGCUCUACAGGAAAGAUUUUAUUUCUCGGACAACAUCAUCCCAAGGUUGGAAUCAGCUGUUCCAUUGCUUAAGAAUGAAACAUGUAAACUUCCGGAUGUAGGUAAUGUUGUAUAUGCCUUCCCAGAUGAUGGUGCCUUCAAAAGAUUCCACCAUUUUUUCCCAGAGGAGAACUCCAUUACCUGUGUUAAGAUCAGGGAUGGCAAAAAACGAAUAGUGAAGGUUAAAGAUGGAAAUCCUGAGGGGAAGCACGUGAUUAUUAUUGAUGAUCUGGUACAAACUGGUGGAACAUUGAAGGAAUGUGGUCGAGCGCUGCUGGAGAAGGGGGCCAAAUGUGUAAGUGCUUACGUAACACAUGCAGUUUUCCCAAACAAGUCCUGGGAGAAGUUCAUGCAGGACGAUGUUAAAUUUGAGAACUUCUGGAUAACGGAUUCGCUACCACAUGCAAAAUCUAUAUGUGAAAAUAAACCAUUUAAGUUGCUGUCAUUACGAGAUCCUAUUGCUGAGAUGCUGAUGGGGUAUGAUUUGAUGCCUUACUGCUAGUGUAUUUAUCUUCAGGCAUCAAAUAUACAGGACCAUCAACCCAUUUUAGAACCUUUUAAAAAUAGUCCGAUCAGAUUUAUUGAGCAAGAUUUAUCAUUGAAAUUAAGUGUGCGCGAAAUAGUUAGUUUUUGUUGCAAAAUCAAGAAAUUUGAGCCCACGAAAAUAUCCGUUUAUACAGUUCAUCACACAAUUUAAUAUACCCCUCAUUUACAUAGUCAUCAAAAAUUUAUGAUACUCAUAUUUUAAUACUGCAUAUUACAUUGUAAGUCACAAAAACUAGAUAUAUUCUAAUUAAUUCACCAAGCAGAACGUUCCUUGUUUCAAAUAUCUUCCUAUGUCCUUCAACAUUAUACUGACAAGGAUGAAACAGCCUUAUGGCACAUUUUAUUUAAUUAUUUGAUUCCACUGUAUCCAACAUUCACUUUUGUGCCUAUUGUACAAUCGUCUUAUCGGGAAAAAUGUUCUUGUUUAUUGUCCUAAUGCAUCUUUCAAGGAAAUAUAUGAAAGAACAAACGCAAAAACAAAAUUAAAAAUUCGCAAAAUCUUUUUGAGAUACAACAUAAUAUUUAUAGAUGUAAUUUUGUUUUGAUAUUUUUAUGUCGUGGUGUGCAAGAGUAGCCUGUUGAAAAUAUAGAUUAGCAAUACUGAUACUCAUAUGUUCCUUUAUGGAUUAUUCACGUUGAAUCGUUUUAUAUAUAGUGUAGUAUGUGGAAAAUAAGAUCGUUGUAUUGUGUUAUAUAUGUACAUUUAAAAUAUGGAAAUUGAUCUAUAAAAGCUUUGUUAAAUUUUUUGCAAAAGUUUCAUAAAAACAUAACGAUGUCUGAUUUACAGGUGUAUAUACUAGAGAAUGUUAAUAUUUCAAGAUUUCGUAUUUCCCUCUGUCUUCAGAAUGAUGCCAUUCUGUUGACAAAACAAAUCUUACGUCCUUAACACGCAAUUGCUGUCUAUGAUUACACAGGUUGUUUUUCUUGGUUCAAUUUAUAACAGCUUUCUAUAAGUUUGAAGCAAGAAGUAUUAGUUCGCUGCAUUUAUGAAAUGAAGGAACCUACAAGUAUUUGUCAGUAUAUUUUAUAUAGUUGUAAUCUUUGGUAUUAAUAUUAUAUCCAUUUAAAAGCCGAAAAUAGCUCUUUCAAAUAGAAAAAAGUUAAUCUGUACGAUUAGCAGUUGUAAAACUAAAACACUGUUUUACAGGUCGUAAUUUUUAUUUGAUUUGUCUUGUCUGUCAUGCUGAGGAUGAAUUUUUUUAAAGUCAAUUAA